AUGGCUUCGGAUCUGGGGCUUUUUGAAUUGCUAGACUUGGUGAAUGAUUAUGCUAGUCUUCCGCCAGUUUCGGAGAUAUCAAAAAAAUCUCCCAGCUUUUAUUAUGAGAAGGCGAAAGCGCUAAAGAAGUACUGCACGCCGGAAUUCCUCAACAACCCAGAGGCUAACGCCUAUGCAAAAUUUGGUGAUUGGUGCAAAUAUAUUUCUCGUUUCAGGACUUGUACCAUUGCUCCUCAUCCAAGUGAAUUUUUCGGUCUUGGAACUCUACAAUCGUUGACCAACAGUACUGCCACAACUACUACCCCUCCCACAAGUGCCUUGACACGGGCACCGGGAAUUUUAAUGAUGAGAAAUGCUUCCAACGCCAUCGGUUGCUACGACGACUACUUCUGUGAGGGCGCAUCCAAUGGAAGCCUCCUCUUCAUAGUCUACGGAGUGGUUUUUAGCCUCCUCUGCUCCGCAGGUCUCCUUCUAAAUCUUGCCUGCAUGGCGGGUUUUAACAGGGCGACCAAUCGCUGUGGCGCUACUCUCUACUUCUCGGUUAUAGCCGUUCUCGAUUGCCUCUAUUUAGGUAUCAUGUUGGUACUCAGAGCGUCGGUCCAUUUGAGUGAUGUUGGCUAUGCGGGACAGGAGAAGGCCUAUGCUGAACGGGCGGCCUACUUUGUUCCUGGUGUUAUGCCUCUGUUGACGUUUUGUGAGGUAGCCUCGGUCUGGCUGGUGGUUUGUCUGCUGGUGGAGAGAUACCUGUACCUCCAGCGCGGAUACUUCUCCAAAUCCGUCAUCUCGCUUCAACGGCACGUUCGUAUCAUUUCCGUCGUCACGCUUCUUACCUUCUGCUACGUCAUUCCACGCUUCUUUGAGUUGAAGAGCCAGAAGAAUUCCAACAUUCCUGGGGGCUACCGUGUAAUCUACACUGAAUUCGGCACCUCGAAAGUAUAUAGGAGCCUCGUGGACUAUCUCUUAAAUGUUCCUUUGGAAAUGUUUCUCCCUUACCUUGCGGUAGGACUGUUGACAAGUCUCGCAAUCUCCAAGAUGGUCGAUCUUGGCUCCUCAAAAUGGAAAACUGUCGCAAGCCUUUGUUCACACUCCGCCUAUUGUUGUGGUGAUGAUUUUGCCAACUGCUAUCCCAUGGUUCGACCCGAACGCAAGCAUAGCACCAACCAGGUAGAUGUCCUGCCGAUGGAUUACGUCGAUGGUAUUUCUAGUCCUCCGCGUUUAUCUGCUUUUGAGGAGACAUGUGGAACCCAGGUCCAUUAUUGUGGCAUUCCCUUCGAAAAACGUUCUGAUUUAAUGCCAUUCUACUUCCUCGUGCCACCGCCCCGGCAAACUCUGAAGGAGACAGCUAACGUGGUUAUCACAGUGUGUCUGGGCUUCCUUCUACUCAUAACCAAGAUUCCUAAACUCAUUCUGGUAGCAUUGGAGCUGGAACGCUACGUUGAGAUGGACUCCACGUCUACUCGAAUGGCUAGUGAGUGCCUCAACAUUGCAUUCAUUGUGUUGAAGCCGCCAAUUUAUCUCCUACUUGGUGUGCAUUUCCGACAUACACUGACGGGUCUGUGCUGCUGCGCAUGCCUCUACGCGCCUGUGAUUAGUGGGGGCACUCAUGAGGAACAGAAUGAAGAGGAUGGUGAUAAUGAUGAAGACUGUGGUGGAGGAGGAGUGGAUGACCCUCCAAAGACGUCUCCCGGUGGACAAGGUGAAGAUCUGCCCACUGUGGCAGAGAAGGGUGGAUCACUCCAGUGGUAUGAUAUUUUCGGCUUGAAACAAGAAUUUACAUCAUGUGAACGGAAAUAUGUCUUUGUUGUUCGUGAGAGACCAAAUACUCUCAGCGUACUCUGCACCGCUCUCACUCUUGAGGACGCUUUGAAGCAGCUCUCUAGUAAGGGUCUGGGAGUGCUGACGUACCGGUAG